CUCAGCAUGUCUUUCAUCGUCAAAUCGCCAAUAUGUCGCAAACACAUCAAAUAUGUUUUCCUUAUUCCAUGGUAUACAACAUGAACCCAAUCAUGAACAGACUUCCUAUCAAGUAACCACCCACAGAUGAGAACAUCAGCUUCUUUCCUAAUCGUUUUCGCUGCUGCCAUAUCGCUUGCGGCUCCUUACCAACAAAAGACCUUCAACAACGGAGCAUUAUCCAGCUCAGGAGCUUUUUCGGAGAACACUGGACUGCCAUGGCAAGAUGUAGUCUCCAUUCCCAUCAUAGACACUUGGACACUUAAUCCUGCCGGUGACGCUUCUGUCAUCCGCACUGCUACCAUAGAUGUUGAAACAGAUAUACCAUCGUAUGACCUCCAUCUUCUUGCUAUCAAUGCCCAAUACACGGUCCCCACCGCCCUUCAUGGUCCGACCCAUCCGGCUGCACUCUAUUCGUUCAUCACCAACGAUAUCUUCGUUACCCUUCUGCCUUCACAGUCUUCCUUCGGUUCCUGGGAUCUUACGCUUCAAGUUCUCAACUAUACAACUCUUCCACCAGCAUGGGCACCAACUGCCUCUGAGCCAACUAUCCUGAAGACCGUUCGGUUGGGAAAUAGGAGGCCAGAGAGUAUGCUGUAUUCUGCCGGACCGAAGAUACUCUCUAUUGUUCUUGGUGGGGGUUCCAAAGACGAAUUUGCUGGAUCUCUUGGCCCGUUGACACUACUGUCCAUUUCUAAACUAGAUGAGGUCUGGACAGUCGAGCAAUUAACCGUUUUCCUCGAAAACGACCUGAUUAUCGACGAACUCGCCGCAAAUGAUUCUGCCAUAGCUUUCACUGCUCAUAAGCCUGUCAUUAGGCCCAAUAAUGCUACCCGAAGCAUCCUCUACUUCCUUGAUUUAUUCUCCCCUUCAUUCGCGGUACAAAUUAGCUCAGGCAGUUUUGGUGCUGUAUUUUCUCCAGCCCUGAGCUCUAAUGGUCAGAUCGCUUGGCUUGAGCAACGAGAUAAUGGGAAUUGGGGAGGACGAAAAGACCUAUGGAUGUAUGAUGGUCAUACCCCUUGGAAAGUUCCAUUCAAGGAUUGGGACCUGAGUCCAUCAAGGGUUAUCUUUUCGGAAAACAGCGAGGCUCUCAAUCUUCUUACUCUCAAUGACCAAGACACAUCACUUUUCCACAUCUGGACCCCUACUCGAUCAUCGCCCCCUUCUACACCUGUGCGGAUCCCGUCUAAUGGCACAAUCCACUCUGUAUAUCACGUCGGCAUUACCCCUCUUGAUCAUUCACAUUUAAUAGGCGUGAUGUCUUCUCUUACAUCGGCUCACGAACUUUGGGUCAUUUCACACUCGCCUCAUGAUGAUCCGACCUACAAUUAUGAGAACAUCAGGUUGACAUAUUUCAGUGAACCGGUACUACAAGGAAGACAGCUAAAUGCGGGUGAAAGUAUAGAGUUCGUGAAUGAGUUAGGGUUGACCGUGAAGGGGAAGGUAUUUCUUCCUAGUAAAAAUAAAUCACAGGAGAAGGUACCAGUCGUGCUGUUGCUGCAUGGCGAUGGUAACAGCGAAGGAUGGCGUAAUCAGUGGAUGCAGUAUUGGAAUCAGAACGCCUUGACCAGUGAGGGAUAUGCUGUGGUUACUAUCAACCCUACAGGCUCCGAAGGCUACGGUAACUACUUUGCCCAGUCGGGCCGGUUUAAUUGGGGUAAUCAAACUAUAAACGACAUUUCCCGCGGUCUUUUCCAUUCUUUCAACCUAUUUCCUAACCUGAACAAUACCAGCGUCACGGCAAUGGGUUAUGGCGCCUAUGGCGGAUUUGUUAUUCAUUGGAUACAAGGCCACUCCACCGCCUUUGUCGCUUCCAAUGGGGAGCCAGUGAGAUGGAAGGGAUUAGUGGUUCAUGAUGGCGUACUGUCUCCUAGGUGGUGGGCAGCAGAGACAUCUUGCCCAGCGAAGGUAGAGUGGGAAUUUGGCGAAGUCUCGUAUGAUGAUGAGUCACCAUUUUCGCUCUGGGAUCCUGAGCGUUCGUCCCGUGAAUGGGCCAUACCAGAAUUAGUUAUCCACGAUGGUCGAAAUGACUGCGACGCUGGCCCUCUAUCGCAAAGCUACGCCUCUUUUGCGCUUUUGCAAAGUCGAGGAGUCAACAGUGAGAUACUGGUAUCAGAUAGAUGGGCGUUUUCCAAAUGGCAUAGGGCCAUAUUUGAUUUCCUUGAGUCUUUGUGAUAUCCCAUGCAGAAUGAUGGAUACCAUUACAACUGGAACAAUUAAUGUGAAUCAUACAAACUCAAUCGAACUCCAUAUGCACUAGCGCUAUGAAUGACUGUCGGUUGGCAUAUGAGCUAGAAGCCUGGAUAUGUCAAUGA